AUGGUGAUAGUGACAUUUUUGUUUGUUUUGCUGCUUUCUCUGCUGAUUCUCCUCUUCCUGAAACAACUCUGGUCCAAAAGACAUUUGCCUCCUGGUCCUUUGGCUCUACCUCUCAUUGGGACUGCCUUGGCAAACGGGAUUUCAUUUCAUGAAGAUUACUUCCUUAAGCCUGCAAAACGAUAUGGAAAUAUAUACUCCAUAUGGAUUGGACAUCACCUUCUAGUAGUGCUGUCUGGAUUCAAAGCUGUGAAAGAAGGAAUGACCAGCUUCCCAGAAGAAUUCUCUGAUCGACCACAGAAUGCAUUCUUAACUGCUUCAGAGAAAGGAAGGGGAAUUAUUAUUUCCAAUGGUCACACCUGGAAACAGCAGCGGCACAUCGGCAUCACUUCUCUGCGGAAGCUGGGCCUGGGGAAGAAAAGCAUUGAGCAUAGAAUAGAAGAAGUUGCUCAGACAUUGGUGGAGAGCUUUAGACAAACAAAAGGACAGCCAUUUGACCCUUCAUUUCCAGUAAUAAAUGCAGUUUCUAAUGUCAUAUGUGCUUUGAGUUUUGGACAUCAGUUUGGUCCUGAAGACGAAAACUUCCAGAAGUUAAUUCAAGCCCUUGAAACUGUUGUGAAAUAUACUGGUGGCUUUUUUCAAGCGAUGAACAUUGCGUUCCCACAAUUAAUGAAGUAUGUCCCGGGCCCUCACAAGGAUGGGUUGGCUUCUAUGGAGGUGAUCACUUCCUUUGCAAAGCAGGAAAUAGAGAAACACAAGGAAUCCAGCUCUCUGCAUGAACCACAAGAUUUCAUUGAUCACUAUCUACUUCAGAUGGAGAAGAGUAGAAAUGACUCCAACUCUACCUACAAUGAAGAGAACCUGGCUCAGUGUAUUUUUGAUUUUUUCGGUGCUGGAACAGAGACAAGCUUGAUUACUCUGAAGUGGGCACUGCUACUCUUGACCAAUCAUCCCGACAUCCAAGAGAAAGUCCAGAAAGAGAUUGAAGAUGUGUUUGGCUUCUCACGGUCAAUUUCCUAUCAGGAUCGGAAGAAGCUGCCCUACACCAAUGCUGUGAUUCAUGAAAUUCAGCGUGUAAAAUAUGUCUUUGUAGCUGGGGCUCCCAGGCAAAGUACAAAGGAUGUGAAGAUGAAGGGUUACCACAUUCCAAAGAGGACCAUGAUUAUGGCAGACCUGCGCUCUGUUCUUCUUGAUCCAGAACAAUGGGAGACACCUGAAGAAUUCAACCCAAAUCACUUUUUAGAUAAGGAUGGGAAGUUCAUUGAACGGGAAGAGUUUCUGCCAUUCGGAAUAGGUGAACGCGUAUGCAUGGGAGAGCUGCUGGCAAGAAUUGAGAUCUUCAUCUUUCUGACCAGCCUGUUGAAGGCCUUCAGCUUCCGGUUGCCUGCAGGAGUAAAAGUACUCAAUGAAGCCCCUAUUGUAAAAGCGACAAUGAAUCCACACCCUUACAAACUGUGUGCUAUUCCCACAAAGGCUUAA